AUGAAAAUCGUUCUAUUUUUUCAAAACGUUUACUAUGUAUUAUGCGUCAAAGACGAAAACGAUAAUAAUGAUACCCAAAAUAUCACUGAGCUCAUCGAAGAUUCCACCAAGCUUGAAAGAUGCUUUGCCGGGAUAUAUGUGACCAGCAACUGCAACAAGACUUUCCGAACAGAAGUAUUGAAAAAUGGUAAAAAGGUCAAGAUUUAUUAUACAGGCAAUCAAGAAGUUGUUCCACAAAUCAUGAAAGACUGCUACGAAGAAGAAAAGAAUAAAGAUCUUAUGGAAUUUUUGAGGGCUAAAGGAGUAACUGAUCUCGAUACUGUCUCAAGAAAAUCUGACGAAGAAUACAAUAAAAUGGGAUUCGACAAGGAAGGUCACUCUGAGGACGAGAAAGAGGUCCAAAGAGAACUUCUUGGUUACUUGUUAGAGUUUGGUAACAGCGACUUUGUCAAGAAUAAAUACGGGGAGGAUGCAUUCGAAUUUUCCUUGUUUACCCAAAAAAAUGAUUAA